AUGUGUUUUCCAGGCCUCUUUGCCAGAUUAGCCCCCUCGACCACUGACCUCGAAAGUGGUCAAGCCAAAACCACUGGACAAGAACACAAAGCAAACGGAUCGUCACCGUAUGGUAUGGCGCCGAAUAGCCUACCUUAUACACAUAACGUCGAAGUCCAGAAAGCACUAAUGGAAUUUCGACAUUUUGUGGGCAUCCAUCACGAUCCUGAUCUGGCUGCUGGACGAGCUGUCGCGAACUUAGGCAUCUACCAGCGUGUCAUCAAGCAAGAGCGGAAAUACAAGCAGUGGUGUAGGGCAUCGGCUUGGCUGACAUACGCGGCGCUGGUCUUACAGUUAGUCUUCGCCACAGCUCUGACUGCGCUUGGUGUAGGAGACGGACCAAGAAGCGCAGUCACCGUCUUGGGUGCCAUAAACAUAAUUAUAGCAGGAUUCCUUGUCUACCUGAAGGGUUCCGAAUUACCGAAUCGACUCAAGUACCAAAAAGAGCAGCUCUCUCAGAUCCGAGAAUACAUUGAGCAAAGAGAAAGGGAGUUCGCACGUGGCGACCUGGAUGUAGAUCUCAGGGCUGAAGUAGCGACGAUUGAAGACGUAUACGAGUUACUCCGACGAGACAUUGAGACCAAUACACCUGAUGCCUAUGUUAGCCGGAUCAAGGAGUCUGCAGCAAUUGCUGCAACACAAUUGGAUCGGCAAACUCGCAGAGCCACUAGAGAGCUGGACAAUCGAAUAUCAUAUGUCGAUGAGAAGUUUAAUUCCGCUUAUCAUGAACAUGGAAGGAAGUUCAGCGAGCCACGGUUGGGAGCCUCCGCACGAUACAACGAGACAUACUUAAGCAACGGCGAUAGACCAAAUCGGGUCACCUAUGGUUGGGACGCUCAGCCAACUCAAGAGAGGCUGGCAGUAGAAAAACGAUAUAGGCAUACUCGGCGCCACACCGACGAUAGCCUGCGUGCAAUGGGGCUGGCGACAGAUCUGCGGCGAGCCGAUUCAGACAAAUGGCAUUCGAAUUCUCAGCGAGAUGUCCGCUCACGGACACAAGAAGCAGAUCUGGAUAGGCAUCCUUCCAACCGGCAAGCACCGAUCAAUUCUACAGAGCAGACCAAUAACGAAAGCCUGGCCACUCAGGCACAAUUCGACGGUCCGGGUCGAGAGCUGCUGCCAAGCAGUAAAGACGCGACAUCUGAGUUCACUGUGCAUCCUGAAGACGGUCGUCGUGGUAUAGAGCUCAGGCUAAGGGAGGCUGAAACUCAGAUCAAGCCACCCGAAGACGAUAUAAUGAGUAAGGCAAAAAAUGUAGCCCAAAGAGUGUUGGAGUUCACGCAACAUAGGCGUCAAUAUUCGCCAUAA